AUGCUCAUUAAAUUUCGAGUUAUUGCUCGAGCAGCUAUAUCUGAUACUAGUUUAGUGUUUAAACGAAGAUCAGCAACAUCAACUAUUGAAGUCGCUGUUGAUUUUGGUUCAUUUCAAGUGUUUGGUAUGGGUACAGAUUUAAAACAAUCUGAAUUUUCUAAUCAUAGUCGUCCUGUACUUGCUCAACCUAUUUAUCGAUCAUCAUCAUCCACAUCUAGUCAACAAAAAUUACUACAAGUUGAAUUUGAAACAAAUCCAUUAGAUAAAUCAUCAGAUUAUCGUGUUAAAGUUGUUUUACAAUCUCUUGAAAUUAAAUACAAUGCACCAACAAUUAAUAAAUUAGCUGAAUGUUUUGAACAAAAUACUCUACAUAAUCUUCAAGGUGUUAAACAAGCUGUUUAUUCCACUUAUACAGAUGUUAAACAACAUAUUGAUAUUGAUCUUCAAUCAGCUUAUUUUCUUUUACCAAACAAUGGAGUUUAUCGAGAUGGUGCUGCAGUGAUUUGUAUGGAUUUCGGUCAUUUAACAUUAAAACGUACUAUAAAACCAAGUGAGAACGGAGAACAAGCCAUUUCACUUAAAGAAAACACUCCAUAG